GAAACUGUAGCGGAAGAAGAAAGGACUGGCUGUGCAGAAAAAAGCCUAACAUCUGAAUCACUUCCUGAUUAACCCCAUCGACCGCGCGGAGAGCUGCGAGCCUCACAGGCUGGAGCAGCAGGAGGAGGAGGCUGAAGAGAAAAAGUGACACGUGGAUUAUUCCUCCCAGGGCAUCAGGAGCAACACACUCCCUCCUCUGGCUUUAGUUCCGCGACUUGGUGAUAGACUCAAACAUCGAAACCUUGUGAAUGUGACCGCGUCAAUACUACCACCCCCUCCUUCCACCUCUACACGUUGUUGGUUUUUUCCUCACUGACAGAUCGAAAAUAGGGUGAAAGUGAACAGCAGGAGCCUUUGACAAGAGUCUGCCGUCACCUCGCGUUGAAUGGCAGUUAUUCAAAAACAUGGCAAGAGCUCUAGUCCAGAUUUGGUCUGUCACAAGGAGAACGUCCCGCCUGACAAGAUCGGAGCACCUGGAUGCCACAAGAAGCGGCCUGAAGCGCACUCCAACUGGCCGAGGCCAGUGGCGAGGAUAUGGACAGUGGUGCUGCUGUUGGGAACAUGCCUCCUUUACUGCGCCCGUGUGGCAAUGCCCAUCUGUGCCGUUAGCAUGGCGGAGAAGUUCAAUUGGACCAAGAGAGAGUCCGGCAUGGUGCUAGGCAGCUUCUUCUGGGGAUACUGCUUCACCCAGGUAUUCGGCGGUUACGUCAGUGACCGUGUUGGAGGUGAGAAGGUCCUCCUGCUGUCAGCAGCAGCCUGGGGGUCCAUGACAGCUUUCACUCCGAUCCUCGCCCACCUUUGCUCCCAGCCAAUCUUCUCCAUGACGCUGGCCCGCUUCCUCAUGGGCCUGUUACAAGGAGUUCAUUACCCUUCUCUGGCAAGCCUGUGUUCACAGAAGGUGGUUGAGAGUGAGCGAGGCUUCCUCAUGAGCACUGUGGGGAGUGGCUCCUACCUGGGCACUCUUGUGAUUGGAGGUGUUGGUUCUCUCAUGCUGGACCUGUAUGGUUGGGAGAGUGUUUUUUAUGUGUCUGGUCUCCUGUCAGUCCUCUGGGCUUACUGCAUGUGGAAAUACCUGCUUAAAGGAGAAGGCCCUAUAAUUACACUUGAGUCCCUGGGUAAUGGUGGGACCCAGCCGAAACUUAAUAAAAGGCAUUGGGCACGACUCCUCAAGCAACCUGCAGUCUGUGCUGUGAUAGUAACACACCUUUGCACAGCAAGCACUUUCUUCACCCUUCUAUCCUGGCUGCCAACCUUCUUCAAGGACACCUUCCCUGAUGCCAAGGGUUGGGUGUUCAAUGUCAUUCCUUGGUUGGUAGCCAUACCCUCAUCUCUGUUUAGUGGCUGCCUAUCUGACCAUCUUAUUUGUCAAGGUUUCGACACCGCCUCAGUAAGGAAGUUAAUGCAGUUUUUCUCUAUGGGUGUGUCCAGUGUGUUCACGGUCCUGCUGUGUGGUAAUACCACGUUCUCCUGGGCUGUAGCUUUUGUGUCGGCCACCAUGGGUCUCACUACGUUCAGUCACAGCGGGGUUUCCUUAAAUGUUCAAGAUCUCGCUCCUUCUUGUGCCGGAGCUCUAUUUGGAAUUAUGAAUACAUGUGGGGCAUUCUCAGGAGUCCUGAUGGUGUACUUCUCGGGGUAUCUCAUUGAGGCCACAGGCUCGUGGGCGUCAAUGUUUGCCCUCAUCACCACAGUCAACCUGAUGGGCCUCUUCACCUUCCUGGCAUUUGCCGAGGCUCGCAGAGUCGAUAUCGACUCCAGCAGGGUUCGCCACCAUAGCAUCCACAUCUAAAUCGUUGAUGGAGCGAGUGUGUCUAUGAAAAUGUUACGGUGGUUAACCUAUAGGCAGAUUAUCCACAUUGGAUUAUUAUCCAAUAGAUGAUGAGCGGCAUCUUGCACAGUUGAGAUGGGAGAAAUGGUUGUUUAGCUCUGCGUUUACUAGAGGACUGUAAGGCUACUGAAAAGCACACAGCAGAGCAUUGUUACUGAGAAACUCUAGUUGGGAUUCAGAAGGAGGGGAGCUCUGUCCGUUCAGAGAAAAUGUAGGAGAGUAUACUAGCACUACAUCCAGGUUACAGCUGGUGAAGUGGUUAAACAUUUGAGAGGAAACUGUUUACAUUUGUAAUGGAUUACAGCCCACAUCGGAAGUGGAAAAGGUGCAGAGAUUGUUUUUUGAAAGCUGUUGCUAAGUGUUGGGUACAACAGAGGUAACUCAGUGGUGGCAGUAUUGGCUUGAGGUGCUCUCUAGCUGUGACAGACAAAGCUAGACUUCUUCUUACCUUGUAGGUGACCCAAGGAGAGUCCAAACUCUUCUACCUGGAGCAUUUUACUCGUAAGCCCCAUAAACUUAUCACUGAGAUAAAUGUCCGAGUGACAUCUCAUUAAGCGCCCGCUAAUGACUCUGGCGGACACCCUUAAUGUUGUGUACAAUUUACCUUCAGCGGACCUUGUGUUUGCAGUUACAGACUCGUCCUAUCAGUUUUCAAUGGGGGUCAGAAAGCUUUAGGGCUUAGCUUUAGCUAAGUGCUUUCUCUCUGAUAGAUGUAUUAAAUACAAUAAUGCAAUUUGUAAGACCAAAGGUUAAUAGUAAAUUAUUAUUUUUUUCUAUGUUAUAGCAUCUAAUAAAAUGUCUCAUUAAAUUAUUUUUGAGUAAUUUCAUAUUUAUAUGGAUUUGAAAUAUUUUUUUUCUUGAAGAGAAAUUAAUGUGGAAGAGAGAAAAAAUAUGAAAGGAUAAAUGGAAAAGAUGAGACCUGAUUGUGUGUGUGUUAAUCCUAUCUUGUUCUUCCUCUAAAAAAUAAAUGUUUUUAUGUUUGGCACACGUGUUUAUCAGGAAGAUAUCCAGAUUUUAAUUUCCCAUUUUGUUACUGAAGUCUUACUGUAAAUGAUCACAGUGGGACUGGGAAAACUUGAUUGUCUCUUCAUUGUCUUAUUGGACCAGUGUUUGUUUUCAACACUUGACAUAAUGAAAUUUACUGCAGAUAAAAGGGUUGAAGAGAUUUAUUAAGGCUACAGAUGUAAAAAAAAAAGACAAUUUUACUACAGAGGAUAUAUCAACAAAUACCAGCCGACUGAUUCUGAGUGUUAAAGCAGUGGCCUUCAGAACACAGUUUUCAUUUGAAAUGCAUUAUGCUCAUUUACUUUACUUAUGCAUUUAUUAUUUUGUGCCUCAUUUAAGCAACAAAGGAUUUGCAGUUCUGGUUAUUAAUAAAGUUGUAGGAAUUUUGUUGUUAUGUUUUUGUGUGAGUUGUUUAUGUGAAUACAAAGCAAUGGCAGGU